ACCAAAUGUAUGAAGGAGGUGUUGGGCAUUUUUGUUUUGAGUUCAUGAAAAGACACAGUCUUCAGAUAGCUGAGAUUGAUGCAAACACAGGACAAGAAGAAACUUAUGAAUCAUUAUUAAAAAAGUGUGCAAGAACAAGUAUAAUUUUACGAAAUAAGGGUGUACAGAAAGGAGACAUAGUAGUGAUAUAUUCUAAGAUCCAAUUGUACGCAAGUGUUCCGAUGAUAUCAUGCUUUUUUGUCGGAGCUGUUCCAACCUUUUUGGAUGAUGCAUUGACUUUACCCGAAGUUGUUAACAUACUGAAACAAAUAAACCCGAAAAUAAUUCUAACAACUUCUGAAAUGCUGGAGACUAUUAAAGAAAUUAUUACCACUGAAGUUAUUCAUGUUAAUACCGAAAUAUUAAUUUUCAAUGAAGGAUUUUAUGAACCACAAGAAAAUGAAGGAGAAUUCCAACCCAUAUACGUGAACGAUUUAAAGGAAACGGCAACGAUUCCUUUUAGCAGCGGGAGUACAGGUUUUCCGAAGGGAAUAUGCCUAAGCCAUUAUGCCUUAUUACGCAGUGAUAUAUUUAACUACGAUGGUCUUUGGUUAGCGGAUGAAGCGAAAGUAGUAUUCAGUUAUUACUCUUUCCACUGGAGCAUAGAAACGGUACGCCUGAUAUGUUCAAUUCGAGAUGGAGUUUGCCGCUUGAUCGAUCCUGAACCUUUUGAGGCCGAGAGAGCUUGGUAUUUACUAGAAAAGUACAAAGUAAAUCUAGCAUUUUUAAUUCCACUACAUACAAUAGAAAUGUACAAUGCUGGAAAGCCAACAAAUCUUGAUUUGACUAACUUAACAACAAUUCUGGUUACUGGUUGUAAAUUAUCUAAACAGUAUCACCAAAAUUUUCAAGAGUUACUGCCCAGCGUUGAUGUUUUUCUCUUAUAUGGUCAAACGGAAGUUGGCUGCCUUACAACGUAUAGUAAAUGUGAUUUGCAUAGAGAAUAUAACAGAAAAAAACCUGGUAGUAUAGGUGUACCCUAUAAUGGUUAUGGUAAUUCCUAUAAGGUAGUGGAUGUAAUUACCGGUGAAGUUUUAGGUCCCAAUAAACCUGGUGAGUUUCGUGUAAAAAGCAAUACAGUUAUGUCUGGCUACUACAACGUGGAUAGCAGCGAUCAGUUCGAUGAAGAUGGAUGGCUCAAGACCGGCGAUGAAGUGCUUUACGAUGAAGAUUUCUGCUUUUUUAUUGUUGACAGAAUUAAGGACAUGAUAAUAUAUAAAGGCUGGCAUACACCGCCAGCUUUUUUGGAGGAAGAGCUAUUAACUCACCCUGCUGUCAAAAGAGCAGCGGUUAUUGGUAUCCCCCAUGAAACAGAUGGAGAACAUCCCAUGGCAUUGGUAGUCCUAAAAGAUAACUUUAAGAAUGUCACUUCUAAAGACAUAGAGAGAUUCAUAGCUGAAAGGAUGCCAGAACGGUUUCACUUAAAAGCAGGUGUAAAAUUUAUAGGCGAAUCGUAUUUUGCAGGUUCCAGGAAAGUGAAGAGAUAUUUGUUGAAGAAACUGGUUCUCGCGGGGAAAAUUUAA